CAACGACGAUGGGAAGCAGGAAUCGAACUCCAGAACUUUGAGCCUGACUAUCACCACCAACCAGCAGCGGCGGCGGCAGCAGCCUAGUUCCUUUGGACAUUCCGACCAGCAAUUACAUCUAGGAACUUGAUAAUUCUAGAAUUUUGUUUUGAACUUACAAGAAGCUAAAUCUAUGGCUGGUCGUGUUGAUUCUGACAAAGUUAAGGAGAAAGCCAGUGACAACUUGAAUGAUUUGCCCACCUUCAAUGCGGAAAAUAUGCAGAACAACGCAAAGGUCAUGUAUUACAGCCGAACAUUUAUGUCGAUACUUGGAGGAGUCGUUGCUGGAAUUUUGGGGUUAACAGGGUUGAUGGGAUUUGUCUUUUAUUUCCUAAUUAUGGGCAUAACCUCAGUCGGACUGGCUGCCAAGGCUGGGUUUUCGAUUCAUUCGUACUUUGACAGCUGGAACAAGAUUUUGCUAGAUGGUUUCUUUGGCGGGCUUAUGUCUUUUGUGCUGUUCUGGACAUUUGCUUAUGACAUUGUGCACAUAUUCUGAGGAAUUCUUCAUGGAACAAGACUGGUCUUACUGCUUGCAAGGACAAGAAGUUCUGGAUAAUCUGGAAGUCUUACAUUUUGUUGUCUGACAUUUCGAUCACACAGCUAAUGUGCCUCGAGAACUUUGGACCUUCUUCUUGCAGCUUUUGUAAGAAUUUUACAGGAUCUCUUAAACGUCAUGCAGCUUUUUGUAGUUAAUUUUGGAUACAAUGUUAUACUUUGUUUCACUUCGUGGUUAAUUUAGGUUGAAAAGCUCCAUCUGUUGACUAUGCAAUCAUUUAUUGAGAUUGAACCAGAAAGUUUGUGAUAUCAAAAUAAUGAUACGUCUUUCAUA